GGAGAUCUCCCAGUCAUAACACCGGCCGACCUUGUCACCGAGUCACCGGCAGGAGAGGAGCCGCUGGGAUCCGGGGACAUGCGCAGGGGACACCGCCUGACACUGGAGGGGAGCUGAGCUCAGAGUGGAGGGGAUUAUUAUAUAUACUGCCUGGAGGGGAACUAUUACCGGGACAUUGCAAGGACUAUACAGUACGGAGCUCUGUCUGCAGAGGGGACACCCUGCACAGGUAGGUGACACCAUAGGGAACGGAUCACCUGGAAAUGACUAUGUACUGCAGAGAACUUAUUACCUGGACAGAGCAGGAGGACUGUCACUGCUACACCCUGUACCGGGGACACUCUGAGAAAUGAUCACCUGGCUGGGGGUAUAGAAGAAACACUGCACAGUUGCAGAGAUGAUGGAGCUCAGCCUCACAAAAGUCCCCCUUUAUGGCCAAAUAAUUGUGUAUGCAAACUUUGCUGAAGACCUCCACCUUCCAGAAGAUGCAGAAUUUUAUUUUGUAUACAAUGGAUCCAGUCAUCGGCAUGUCGCAUUCGCAGAACGUGUCAACGCAAAUUCUUUGUGCUCCAUCCUACCAGGACAUAAUUGCUCAGAAUCCUUAACCGUGGCUGUAUGUAUGCACACCGAUGGCUAUUCUCCAGUUAUUGUGGCGUGCACCACUGUAGACUAUGUGAUAGAUAAAGCUUGCAGUAUUUCCCACUUCCUGAAAAGCAACAGCGACAGCCUAACUCCAUGCAGUCACGAGGACAUUCUCCAUCAGUUUGAUGUAACUCUCAAGGACUUGCAGUUACUGGACCGUAACAUAAUGCUAUGCUUUGCACAUGAGGAUUUGACACCUUGGAAUGUUCUUGGAUCCUUUUGUGAAAAAGAGGAUCUGUGCCAUGAGACGCUCCUACAUCUAACAAUGAGACUAGGGCUCUUGGAACUGUCACAUUACUUCAUCUCUCUGCCUGGAGGAAGGGCAGCACUGAGCAAAGUAAACACAGAAGGAGAGACUCCAGUAGAUCUCGCUAUUCGGAAUGGUCACAGCAGACUGGUCAAUCUGUUGAGCAAUUCCCAGGACAUCCCUCCUCUUGACUUCUGUACAGCACCAAUUAAUCAGAACUCAUUUCUACGCUUCUGUCGUACCUCUGGAGUACUAACAUUAACCCGCCAACAAACGUCUGGAGACUCGCUGGAAUCGGACAUCCAACUCUUUAGAAAAUGUUUGUGUGAUACAAACUUUUUUGAGAAGAUUGUAAGCUCUGUGUACUGUUGGAAUCACAUGAAACAGAUGCCGGUUGAUGGAACGACUAGCGAAGGAGAAAAAAGACAUUCAUCAGUAGAUGUCCUGAAGAGGCUGAAAUACCCACCCACUAUGCUUGCUGCUACCAGGCUAUCUGCCAUGCUAAAUGGCAAUGAUGAAGUGUAUGCCAACUCAAUGGUGGUGGAUGAAGGUAAUAAUUCAGAGAUUAACUUCAUUCACCUGAACAAUGCUGGCUGUGAAGUUCCCAAUACAGACCAAUUUGACUCCACCCUGACAUCUGAGAGCUCAGUCAGGGAUACCAGUCCCUCCACCUGUACUUCCCCUGAGAAUUCCCGAGCAGAGGUAAACAAUGCAGACAGUGCAGGCUCUCCCGCCUACAUCUCACCUUCAAGGCUUUCCACACCUGCAGCCAGUAACCGCCAGUGCAGAACGUUGGGAUACAGCUCCGAGAGAAAUGCCGCUUAUGUGGCCUACAAGAAAAGAAGUUCCAGUUUAGAUGGUCUUGAUGCAGACAGUGAAGGAGAGGGGACAUAUAGCAGGUAUGACAAUUCUGGCUGUUCUACUAAAGAGGACUCUUCUGGCCUUGGGAACAGCGGUGAUGAACUGGACUCCCCUGAGACUAAUCCCGAUUUCCAAAUCAGACCAGCUGGAACUCUACCCUUCGCACAGAGUAAGGACCCUUUGACCUCUGGUCCUAGAUUCCGCUCUUACUCUUAUUCCUCUCCAAAAAAUUUCCUUGGGAAGCCUCGCUUAACUCGUGACCUUUCCAUUGGUGACCCUGGGGAUGAUUCUGUGUUCAGCGUCAGUGGUCGGUCACUACUUCAGGCACUUUCACUGUCUAAAUCAGUAUCUCUCCUUCACACUAGUAAACGAGCGUACAGCCUUCCUGAACAAUCAAGAGAAAAAAGGAUUGAAGAGGAGGAAUGGGACAGAUACAUGACACCUACAAAACCUGAAGCUGAGAAAAACAAAGUGAGCCGGACUUUCAGCUUCCUGAGGAACAGGAUGAGCAGUACGAGGAAUAAAACCAAGGCCAAAACAAAGGAUACAAAAGAGAAGGUGAAUCGCCACCAGUUUGUUCUGGGUACAUUCUCUGGUGUAGUUCCAUGUUUGGUGUGUGAGAAAGCCCUCCUGGGGAAAGAGUCUUUUCAAUGUUCCAAUUGCAAUGUGAAUGUGCACAAGGCAUGCAAGGAUUCUGCUUCAGCAUGUACAAAGAAAUUUCAGGACCGGUACAAUACAAAAUACAAACCAGCAGUCAUUUCAAAUUCCUCAUUCAAGGAUAUUCCUCAGCCGGUUCCUUCAGCAAUGCCUCCAGCGACUUCUGUGUCUGUUGGUUUUUCUUCUGGAAAGAAAGAUGCUGCACAGUCAUCCCAUCCCUUGUCCAGGAGUGUGCCCGUGCCGACCAUGGACAGGAGAUUAGAUCAGUCAUUGGAAUCUGAUGGUGACACAAGUGGCUCUAGAUCCAGGUCUCAGUCGGAUGAACUGUUACAAAACGUGGGGACCCCUCCAUCGAUGGAUGCUUUUCCUAUUGAAGAUGUUGUGGAUGCGGCCCUAUGGAGUGACUUCAGCAGCGAUGCUCUAGAGUUUGAAGCGGAGUCUUGGAGUUUAGUCGUGGAUCCCUCCUUCUGCAAUAAACAAGAUAAAGAUGUGAUUAAAAGGCAAGAUGUUAUCUACGAGCUCAUGCAGACGGAACUGCAUCAUAUCCAGACCCUGUUCAUUAUGUCUGAGGUAUUCCGGAAAGGGAUGAAGGAGGAGCUGCAGAUGGACCACAGCACAGUGGACAGAAUCUUCCCCUGCCUUGAUGAGCUGCUGGAGAGUCACAAGAGCUUCUUUUACAACCUUCGGGAGAGGAAACAGGAGUCCAGGGAGGGCAACGACGGGAACUUUGUCAUCAACAGAAUUGGAGAUAUCCUGGUACAGCAGUUUUCAGCUGAAAAUGCAGAAAAAAUGAAGCACAUUUAUGGAGAGUUCUGCAGUCACCAUAUUGAAGCUGUGAACUUGUUUAAGGAACUACAACAUAAUAAAAAAUUUCAGAGCUUCAUAAAAGUGACAAACAGCAAUCUGCAAGCUCGUCGCCGAGGUAUCCCUGAAUGUAUUCUUCUAGUAACACAGCGUAUCACCAAAUAUCCAGUUCUUGUGGAGAGGAUAUUGCGUUAUACUCCAGAGGGAAAUGACGAGCACAAAGAUCUUUGCCGGUCCCUGUGCUUAAUCAAGGACAUGAUUGCUUCAGUAGACCUAAAAGUCAGUGAAUUUGAGAGAAAACAAAGACUUGAAGAGUUUGUGAACAAGAUUGAGAACAAGACCUUCACCAAGAUGAAGAAUGGACAUGUCUUUACAAAGCAAGACCUAAAGAAUAAAGAGCGGGUGCUUCUGUAUGAAGGUGUCCUCCUGUGGAAAACUGCCACAGGGAGGUUUAAAGAUAUCCAAGCUCUACUUUUAACUGACGUGUUGCUGUUUCUUCAAGAAAAAGACCAAAAGUAUAUAUUUGCUGCUGUGGAUCAGAAAUCUCCAGUAAUUUCUCUGCAAAAGCUGAUUGUGAGGGAAGUAGCGAAUGAAGAGCGUGGGAUGUUUCUGAUAAGUGCAUCAUCGGCUGGACCGGAAAUGUAUGAAAUUCACACAAAUUCCAAAGAGGAACGAAACACAUGGAUGAGACAGAUACAGCAAGCUGUGCAGAGCUGUCCAGAAGAAGAUGAAGGGAAAAUCAGUGAAUCUGAUGAAGACAGACGUGCUGCAGAUGCCCGAGCGGCCAAAGCUCAGCAGUAUCAAGAAGUCCUAAGCAUCCAUGACCAGCAAAUCUGCAGCUAUUUGGAAGAAAAGUUACAGAUUUUUGCAGAACUUGCAGCCCUAUGUGGCGGAAGUGAUGUGAAACUGGAAACACAGCUUCUCGUUAAGGCCGAUUCUGGAGAGAUCCCUCAAGCUGCAUCCUUCCUGGAGGCUGCACUAAAAGAAACUGAAAGACUGUACGUGACUUUAGCAUCACAAAUGGAGAACUCAGCCUGUUCACCAGAGGAAACGGAAUCGUCCAACAGAUCACGAACAUGUUCAGGCAGUGGACCAUUUGAGGAGGCUCAAGAAAUUCUAUAUUACUCCCAGUCUCCUGAGCUAAGAGAGGAGGACUUGUGUAAUGCUGACCUCAGUCAUUUCCAGGGAGGUGGUGAUGUGAACUUGUCUACUCCUGAAGAAAAGGUUGAACUGAAUCACUCUAUGAGUUCUAAGAAUGAGGAGGUUUUCCAAACGGUUCAAAACUUGACUCGUCUUUUAUACAGUAUCCAGGCUGCUGUAGCCAUGCAGGACAGCCAGAUAGAACUAACAAAGGUUCUACAUCAGGACCAUGAGCCUAGUGGUAGAGGCUUUGCUCUCCGUGGGUCCCUCCUACAGGAACAGUAUCGCCAUAUAGAAAAACAUCGCGGAGAGGUGGCAAAACUUCAGCAUCAAUUCCAACAGGAGCAGCAGCGCUGGGCCAGGGAGUGUGACCAAAAAGAGAAGGAGCUGGAGGAGAAGGAGAAUAUGAUUCAGCAAUGGGAGAGCGAGUGGCAGAACCAGGUGCAGCUUCUGGAGGAAAAGAGAGAAGAGCUUUCCCAACAGCUUCUGGAGUUCCAGAAAAAUGUGGACAGACUGAAGGAAGGCCAGAGGCUAGUGGAGCAAGAAAGGGAGGAACUCUGCGUACAGCACAAGCUCCUCAGGCACUGGAAACACGCUCGCCAGAACAGCCUGCCCAUUUUAUAUCCACACCAAAAGACAGAGGGUGCAAGAAACCCCCAGCUUGACAGUUUACAAAUGGAAGACUCCAUCUGCAUUAACAACACACUGGCUCAGAUAUCGCUCAACAACAUGGCCGCACAUCCCAACUCGGACACCUAUGCCGAUCACGCCUCUGACUCUGCAGAGACUUCUGGGAGCAGCCCUGUGGAUAUUUCCAGUGAACCUUGGAGUUCCUUAAUUUCCCGACAGCAGAGGCUAGAGAAUUCUUUCCGACACAGCAAUAAAGAUGUCUGUAAUAAUGACCUGAACGCAGCCCACGUCAUCUACUGUGGAACAUUAUUGGCUUCAGGGUCACAGAACCUAAACGCAGAAGCCCCACAAUCACUGCAUCCUUCAGAUCCAAUGAAAACACUCCACAAUGACACUCCAAACAGUAUAGAAAAUGGGCGGAUAGAAGAGAAUAUCAUUUACCUCUGAUCCGUAUCGCAUUCAUUCCAGAAUUUCUGCUCAGAACUUGCAAAAUUGUGUCUGUCAAAACUGUGUAAAUAUUAUCUCUCUAUAUAAAUAUAGGUUCAUAGGAUUUGCCAUUGAUUGGCCAUAUUCUAAACCAUUGCACAUGAAUGCAAAUAUCAAUUUUUGUGAUAUCUGCUGUCAUUAUGGUCAGUGACUGUAAUCGGCCAGUGCUAGAGGAUAUCUGGUAUAUAAUAUUUCAAGAGGAUUUUCAUGGAUUAAAGAAAUGACUGAAGAAAAGACUCUAUAGCACAAAAGAGAUGCUCGCUCGAUGGUCUUGUAGUAAGUAUUGGUUGAUCACAUGACUUCUGCCACUGGAGAACUACUUAUAUAUGUACCCUUUUAUUAAUAAAGGGUGUUUUUUUUUCUUGUGGAAACCAACUAAGUUAUUGUUUUUAUAUGUAUGCAGUUAUCAUUGAUGGCUUUAGCACCUUUCAGAAAAGUGAAUGCAAUCCUAUAAAUACAUAAAUUCAAACAUA